AUGCGAUUUUACUUUUAUCUCGUUGUUAUUUGGAUUCUAUUGCAAAGUGAGACGGAAGCGGUUAACAGUCAGAAGAUUCAGGUGAAUUGUUCGGGUCUUCAAGGAGACUGCUCACAUGAGCCUUUCAGGAACUGCUCACAAACGUGUCGUAUUCUGAGGAUCGACUCGUUUUUCGGAAGAAGACUGCCGAUCCGAAUGAGCUGCCGACGCCGGACGCUUGUAAAACGGAGAUAAAGAAAUGGUUCAAUGAUCUGAAAAUGUUGCGGGACGGAAAGUGCAAUGCGAGCGAAGAGUGCUCGGACUCGCUGACCCGUGAGUUGGUGCCGGCUCUGCAAAUCGGCGGCGGCUCGCCGCGAACUCAAUUAUUCAUCAUUCGCAAAUUAUGUUUUUCUGUUAUUUCUCGCAGGAAAGUCAGCUGCAAAUGAAAGAUUUAUGAAGAAAAAUAGGAGCGAGUCAGGGAACAUGAUAAUUUCAGAGUUGGACGCCUUCGCGAGAUAUCCGUCUGUCGGCACGCCCAACAUUUACGAGGGAUCCUUUCGGAAAUGUGUGGGAUUGAACGGAAAGAAGGGAUUCCGACGGAAACAUUGCUAUUUGAUACACAGCGAUGGGAAGAACAAAAACUGUCGAAAGGACUAUUAUUCGGUUCUCUACAAGCCAAAUCGAACUGCGUUUGCCAUUUGUGCGCCCGAGAACUGUCACGGAAAAGAUAUGGCGUCGAUUUUCGGGAAUCUGAAGAGACCGUUCUCGUUUAUGAUUGACCAGCCAGUGUGCGCAGUGUUCUGUUCGAAGAGGGGCAUUCCCAAGUUGAGCAUGUAUUAUGUUUUCACGUGAGGGAUUCUUAUUUCUGAGAAGGCAACUUUUUUUCUCACUUUCAGAAGCUUUGUCAUUUUGCUAGCCGGUACCGUGUUCUUCUCUUCUCUGUACGAUUAUAUUAGAGAGACCAGAUAUCGAUUGAGUUCGGAGUCGGAGGAAGUGUUCGGCCAGAGAGCCAUUCUGUCGUGGUCCCUCUGGUCGAACAUUGUCUGUCUGUUCAAAGACAAUCGUCCCGGCUACAUUCGCAGUUUGGACUGCAUCCGAACACUCACUUUCGCUUGGGUAGUUGGACAGAAUGUGGUGGGACAUCUCGCAUUUUAUGGUAACUUGAAGCAGGGCUGGGCAAAUUCGUCUUUUGGCUUCUGCAGACAGCGAACUGCGAGUGGACCCCUCGCGGACCUCGUUCGUCGACUCGGCACUUUCCAGCCUCAUCCCCAUCUACACGUAUCUCUUCAUGUCCGGCCUCACUGUGACGUAUCGAUUCAUUAGAGUACACUUGAUCUCAUUCGUAACGCGCAUCAUAACAAAAACAUUUCCAGGCAAAACCGGCGACCGCCAUUUUGAAAAGACCCAUCACAUGGAUUGUGUUUUACUUUCAUCGGUGGAUAAGGUACAAGUUGUUGAGGCAUACGGAACCAGUUGUCACUUUCAGACUGACUUCUGCCCUCAUGGUUUUCAUCGGAUUCUUCGACGCGUACGGAAAAUACAUUCAAGGACCGUAUGAUUCAUUGACGGGAUGUGAGAGAAUCGGGAGAGUUGCGAUCAGUAAGAGACGUUCAGAUUCGAUGGUGACCCAGACGGAUCGGUGCACGUACUGGAAGGACAUCAUUCACAUCAGCAACUUUGUGCCCGUCGACGAGAUGUGCUACUUGCCCGCGUGGCAUUUGGCCGUUGAUUUCCAGUUCACUCUCGUCGCUCCCAUCUUUAUGAUCGGCUUCUACGUGUCUUCUAUGCUCGGUAGGUAGCAAAUUUCAGCCGAAUCCGAACCUGAACUUUAUCGUCUCACUUCCCAGGGACCGUUCUCUCCGUGAUUGCUGUUCUUGUCAGCAUUGGACUCACUUACCUUUUCUUCAUUCAAAACGAACACCUGCAUGCUGCAUUCACGGGAGAUCACAUGUUAGUGUCUAGAAAAGUCAAGAACAUUGAAAUUAUGAAAAUUCAGAUUGGAUGAUAGUUUGAUUGAGAUUGUUCUGUCAAAGCCUUGGAAUCAGAUGGAGCCCUACAUGAUGGGAAUGAUUGUCGGGUACAUUCUGGCCAUUUCGGCAGGCAGCAAGAAGGUCCUUCAUCCGAUCGCCACUGCAAUCAUCUGGGUCAUUGUGAUCAUUCUCGCAUUGCUCUCUGUCUUUUUCGGCAAUUUGGGGACUAGGUAGGUUCUAAAGAAGCAAAAAAAAGAUCAUAGAGAUAUUUCGAUUUCAGUCAGGCGGAGAGAGCCACGACGAACGUGCUCGUGAGAACGGUUUGGUCGCUCUGUCUCGCGUGGAUCAUUGUGUCUUCUCAUCUGAAGUGGGCAGGGCCGCUCACUCAUUUCCUGGAGCAUCCGUUCUGGCGCCCGUUCGGAAAACUCUCUUUCUGUGCGUUCAUCGUCCAUCACAUGGCAAUGUACCACGUGUUCAACAUGGAGGAGCAGGCGCCGAGAUACGUCAGCUUCUGGCGGAACGUGAGCAUUCGAUUCGAAUUGGAUGUAGUCUUGAAACGAUUUCUUGGUUUUCAGACUUUCCACUUUUCAUUUCCAAUCGUUGCCUACUCUUACUUCGUCGCCCUUUUCCUUAGUCUCAUUGUGGAAAUUCCAUUCAUAAGGUUGUCACUGAUCACAUCUCGAGUACUGUACCUCUUUUCAGACUUGACAAGAUACUUCUCGACACAUUCAUUCCGCCGUCGAGUUCCAAUAAAGAAGAAGUCGAUGAAAACGAGACGAGAGACGAGGAAGAAGAAAAAGAUGAGAACGAAGAGCUGCCGGAAGAGGAGGGACCCCUUCUCAAGUAUGAGAUUUGAACUUUGUUCCUGCCCAUAAUAAACAUGCCUGUUCAAAUCGAACAACACUUUGUCACUCAAAAAAGGCAAGAAUAAGUGUCAUUGUUUGUGCCCUCCUCUCUCUCUCUCUCUCUCUCUCUCUCUCCGGUCAAACGGUGACGACGAUUCGUGUUGUUUGCGCCGCGGCGCAGCUAAUUGAGCACAGACAUAUGCACACAUUGCGUCGUCGAUCCAGCAGCGAGAGGUUCGAGUGCAAAGCGCGAGAAGAUGCAAUGCUCGACACUUUUCCUUCUUCUGCUCUUUCUUCCCUUCUCCCAGCUGUCUUCGUCUCCGAGAACUCUGAAAUUGUGCUUGUAUCUGAAGGCGAUCAAGCGAACCACUGCCGAAUGCGAUCAAAUCACCUUGGCAACUCUACUACAGAUAGUGAGUGCAUAACAAUAAUAUUUUCUAGCUCUGACACUUUCCUAGGCUCCAAUUCAACUACACUAUCGCCAUUGGCAAAAAUCAUUGCCAACAUAGAGAAACGCAAUGAAAAGUUGCAAUUGGCGAAGAAGUUCAAGAAGCCGAUCCUUCCGAUCUGCUCGACGACACUCGAUGACGGCUACAAGGUUUGUCGCCUUCCGUUUAUCCAUCCCAUUCGGUCGAAUGGCAUGUUUCUUGUUUCCACCUAAGAAAGAGAGAGAGAGGGAGAGAGAGAAACUUGAAGUAGAUUAGAAUCUCCCAGAAUCACACAAACUACAUACCUUUCCAGCAAUGCCGAAGGGACGUCGCAUGUGCUUCGGGUUACAGUUGCGAGAACAAAAGCAAACUGAGAUGCUGUAUGGAGACGAACCACGCGCCGACGACGGAACGAAAGACCGAAGAGUAAUCGGAGAAGAUCGCGAACUGGAGAUAAAAUUCGGAAGGUUACAGGUUCAAGACUUGUCCGUCUCAACAACAAUUGGCGUAUUUCUGUCAGUCGUCGAAGGCGAGAAAAGUCAUGAAAGCGUGCAAAUCCGACGGUGAUUGCGUGUUUACCAAUGUACAAAAGUGCUGCGAUUCAGGUGAGAGCCAGGGGCGGAUUCGAGUGAAAAGUUCGGGUUUUUGUAGGCUGCGGAUUCAGCGUUUGUGUCGUGGCGACUGGAAAUUUCACGAAGAACAGUAAGAGCCAGAGGUAUCCCCAGAUGGAUCACUCGUCUUUUCAGCACUGAUAUUCCUGGGCAGCAAUCGAUGA